AUGUUUGGGAUUCAAGAUACUUUAGGAAGAGGACCGAUUCUGAAAGAUAAAUCUCUAGGUUCUGAAAUGGAUUCCGUCAGGUCCUGGGUCAGAAACGUUGGGGUUGUGGAUGCAAACGUAGCAGCACAAAGCGGAGUAGCUUUGUCCAGAGCUCACUUUGAAAAGCAGCCACCCUCCAACUUGAGGAAAUCCAAUUUCUUUCACUUUGUUCUGGCUCUCUACGACAGACAGGGGCAGCCCGUGGAAAUAGAGAGGACAGCUUUUGUGGACUUUGUAGAAAAUGAUAAAGAGCAAGGCAAUGAAAAGACAAACAACGGCACACAUUACAAACUCCAACUCCUCUAUAGCAAUGGUGUCAGGACUGAACAGGAUCUCUAUGUUAGACUCAUCGAUUCAGUCACUAAGCAGCCCAUAACUUACGAAGGACAGAACAAAAAUCCUGAAAUGUGCAGAGUUUUGCUUACCCACGAAGUCAUGUGCAGUCGGUGCUGUGAGAAGAAAAGUUGUGGCAACAGAAACGAGACUCCGUCUGACCCCGUGAUCAUCGACAGGUUCUUCUUAAAAUUUUUUCUCAAGUGCAAUCAGAAUUGUUUGAAAACAGCAGGAAACCCAAGAGAUAUGAGACGGUUCCAGGUUGUGCUAUCCACAACAGUGAAUGUUGAUGGGCACGUGCUGGCAGUGUCUGACAACAUGUUUGUUCACAACAACUCCAAGCAUGGACGGAGAGCAAGGAGACUUGACCCCUCAGAAGCCACACCGUGCAUCAAAGCAAUCAGCCCGAGUGAAGGCUGGACCACAGGGGGAGCCAUGGUGAUCAUUAUUGGAGACAACUUCUUUGAUGGGCUGCAAGUUGUCUUUGGAACCAUGCUUGUAUGGAGUGAGCUUAUCACACCUCAUGCCAUCCGAGUGCAAACACCUCCACGUCACAUUCCAGGGGUGGUUGAAGUGACAUUAUCAUACAAAUCCAAGCAGUUCUGCAAAGGAGCACCGGGCAGGUUUAUUUACACAGCUUUAAAUGAACCUACCAUAGAUUAUGGUUUCCAAAGACUGCAAAAGGUCAUCCCAAGGCAUCCUGGUGACCCUGAAAGACUAGCUAAGGAAAUGCUGCUGAAACGAGCUGCUGACCUAGUUGAAGCCCUGUAUGGGACACCACACAACAACCAGGACAUCAUCCUGAAACGAGCUGCAGACAUUGCAGAAGCUCUCUACAGUGUCCCCAGGAAUCCUGCCCAGAUCCCAGCCCUGUCCAGCUCUCCUGCUCACAGCAGCAUGAUGGGAAUCAACUCCUAUGGGAGCCAGUUAGGAGUCAGCAUUUCAGAGUCAACGCAGGGGAACAACCAAGGUUACAUCCGGAAUACCAGCAGCAUCUCACCCCGGGGUUACUCAUCCAGCUCCACCCCUCAACAGUCCAACUACAGCACCUCCAGCAACAGCAUGAACGGCUACAGCAACGUCCCCAUGUCCAACCUGGGCGUGCCCGGCUCGCCCGGCUUCAUCAACGGCUCCCCCACGGGAUCCCCCUACGGCUUAAUGUCUUCAAGUCCAACAGUUGGCUCCUCCAGCACUUCUUCCAUCCUUCCAUUCUCCUCUUCCGUCUUCCCUGCUGUCAAACAGAAGAGUGCCUUUGCUCCUGUCAUCAGACCCCAAGGGUCUCCUUCUCCUGCCUGCUCCAGUGGCAAUGGAAAUGGGUUUAGAGCCAUGACUGGUCUUGUCGUUCCCCCGAUGUAAGGCAGAGGCAGCUUUGCUCUCUCCCUCUUCCCUUUUUUCCUCUUUUUUUUUUUUUUCAUUUUUCUUUUACAGCACAAAACUACUUAUUGUGAUGGACCACUAAAAAGGAAAAAAAAAAAUAGCACUACAAGCUCCUUUUUGGGGGGAAAGCCAGGCCCAGGAAAAAAAAAAAAAAGGAACAUUUUUUAUGGAUUGGACAAGAUAGAAGUCUGCAUCUUUUACCUGUUUCAUAUUUCUGACACAACCACGUCAACUCCUAAAACAUUGGGAAUGAAAGAAGAAUCAGCCAAGAGCCAGGAUGAACAACAGAAGGAUGGAAUCAGAAAUGCAAAGUCUUUCUUGAAAGACAUGAAACCUUCCGAAGAUCUGUAAAAUAUUGAGAGGAGAAAGGAAUUGGCAAAAUGAUUCAAGCUUGAUAUUUUGGAUACAAUUUGUUUUACUUUGUAGGGGAAAAAAGUUGAAGUUUCUAUUUUCUAUGGAGCCUUUCAGAUAUCGAUUUAGUUUAUGCAGAAAAAAGAUUUCAACAAAACAGGGUACCAGCAUGAAAGAAUUUCUAGGACAAACUGACAUGAAUGAUGGAACUUUGGUGUAUGUGUGUAUUUGCUUAUAGUUUAACCUCUUUAAAAAAUGUAAGAUGUUUUACAAUUAUUUAAAUAAAUAAACUUGUAACUUAUUGUAUGUAGAGGUAGAAAGUUAAACCCUUUUUUGGAUUUUUUUCCUCCAGUUGUACAAUGAAGAAAAAUGAUGCAAAAAUGUAGUGAUAAGUUUGAGAUAUAUUAUUACUGCUGCAAUUGCUCCUCACUUCUUCCCUCUGACUGAAUUCAUGUGCAAAGAUAUGUAAGAUUCUUCCUGAUCAACAAAACCAUCACAAACUUUUAGCUACGUUGUGGUAUUCAGGUCACUAAGUCAUGUAUGGAUUUUCACCCUCCUCCCCCUGCCUUUUUUUUUUGUUUUGUUUUGUUUCAAUUAAAAUAUUCAGGUACUGAGAUUAACUGGUAGGUUUCAAAGACCCUCCUGGCAAAUGAGCAGCACUUAAGGGUUUGCAUGAACCAGAGUUUUCAUGAGGUACUGAGUUUAUUUUCUAGAUUCAAUGUGUCAAUUAAGAGGGAAAGAGUUCUCUUAACAUUGUUCUUCCAUGUAGUUAGAACACCUUAAGUUCAGUUAUACUUCAUCUUAAGGGUGCAUUUAUAAAGGGUAAAUAUGUAUUUGAGUAAUUUAUGCACUUUUAUCCUGAGUCAUUAAAAAUGGUAAGUAUUUUCCAUUUAUGUAUUGAAGUUCAUAGAAGUAAUUAAUUGCUUUGAAUUCUUCUGUAUUUUAGAGUAAAAAAAGUUUAGUUCUCCUUUGCAUCUCCUCUCCUGAAAUGGGAAGGUGAGAACAAGCCUGAUAAAAAAAAACACUAGUUAUCUGACUAAACCAGAGAUGACUCACAAGAAUUUGAUUGUUGGAAAGCCUUUUUUUGAGAAAAAGCUACACUACUUACACCCCACUAACACAGACACGAUUCAUGGCUGCACAAAGAGUUGUUCCUGUGAUAACAUCUCUGUGAUAAUGAAGAAACCCUUAAUAUUUGGCCCCUGAAACUGUACUUGUCCAUUUGCCCAGUCGGUUAUCGAUGGGUGAGUGGAACUGGUCUGGGUGAUCCCUGUCUGUGGUAGGAGAUGGUCACUUCAGUGCUGGACUUGGAGUGGUGACCAACUGUGACAAUCUGCGUGGCUGAGGUCCUUGUGGAGCUCACCUGAAGCUACUGUGGAGCUAAUCUGGAUAAGUCACAGACUAGAAAGCCUGUGUCUAGGUCUGUGGUUCAGAUCCAGCUGCAGGCAGUGACUCAGAGGCUUGGUGGGUGGGUGUGUGACUGACAGCCCCUCACCUGACAGGCUUUGGCACCCACCUGCAUCUCCCAAACAGGGAAGAUCGUUCCCUUAACAGCCCAGGGCAGGACAGCUGAGGGGUUGUGCCCCUGCUUGUGGUGCAGAGUGUGUGAGGAGGUCCUCCUCACACCUCCUGUAGCACAGGUCAGCUCAGGAGAGACAUGUAUGGAACAGAGAGGAUGGACAGGACCGUUCCUUCUCGGAGCGUGGCGCCACAGGACUGGAAACACCAGUGAACCAACUGGGGGGCUCCUGGGCCUCCCCAGGAUGGUGCACUUGGUGGGAAGCACUUUGCACUUCUGCUGGGAGGUUUCACUAGGGGCUUCAUUAGGUGCUUUUUCAAUGCUAUUGAAUUCUGUUUUUAAAAGGUGAGGGGGUUUAGCGUCUCCUAAAACUUGAGGCCCAAUUUAUAAUCUCAGAACAAAAGGCAAUUAGAUACAACUUUAAAGAGAGAUUUGGCAGGAAUAACGUGUUUGGAAGAAGCAUAAAUAUAGUUAGUCAGGGUCUUCAGGCUACUGAAAGCGUCUGCAUUCCAGAAAAGAUGAAAUAGAAUAACUCACCAUUCAUUAUGGUUGCAAGUUCAUUGACACAGGGGGUUCUCUUGGUGCCAUGGAGGAAGCAGCAGUCACUGGAGGUCAGCAAGGCAACCAGCCCUGAGGCCAUCCCUGAAAUAGGGAAGAGGCACAGGUGGUCAGCAUCUGGAGCUGUGGCAGUGUGCUGGACUGUCACCUCUGGUGACACGGUGGGACACACUGUCAUACCUGGUCAUUCAUUCAGAACCAAAAAAAAAAAAAACAACCCACAAAAAGGGAUUUCAUGCACUCAUAGGUACCAGCACCCCAGCAAGGAUUAUCAGAGCUGGGAUUAAAACUUAAAACAGUGAAUACAACAUUGAGUCCAAGACUUCAAAAGUAUCUUGACAGACCAGGCUCAUUCCUGAUAGAUCAUCUCCCUCCCCUCCAUUUUGACCUACUAAAAGCCCCCAGACAGCUCCAAAGAAUAAAGAUGUUGGAUUUUCCUCCCCUGCCCCUCUCUGUACAGGCUACUGUUAAAAUUUUAUCAUCUGCUUAGACUCAAAAUUCUGUGCCCAGCAAAUAGUCCAGAUAGACAGGAAUUUCUAGACCAUGUGCUAAAGAGCAGCAGGUUUCUACCUUGACUCCUCUCACAUUUCUUUCACAAGUAAUAUUUUCAUUACAAAAUCCCAGUCAGAAAGGAUUACAAUGUUAAAAACUGAGAUGUUUAAUAGUAAAAGCUGCUUAAAUGUCCGUCCUUUUUAAUUGUUGCUUCGUCAGCACAGGCACAUAAAAAAGAUCACUGAAGUCUUGGCAAGAUUUCAGGGGAAAAAAAAAGGACAGGCUGGCUAAAAAAAGGAAAGGUUUUGAAACAUUCAGCAUUCCUUUCACUUCAGUUAUUUGUGUUCGCUCCAUCUCUCUGCCCACAGAGGAGAGCCACGAGUCCCAGUAGAAAGAAAACCUUCCUAGAAAGCUACUUCAAGCACUUAAAGAGACAAGUGUAGCUGCCUGUGUUGAUGUAAACAUGGAAAAUUACUACUUCUGGUUUGAUUUGAGCCAAACAAAUGAAAAAAAUGAAACACAGGAAUGAUUUAGAACAUGGCUUUUGCUCACACAUCGAAGUCAUCGUGCUCAAGAUGAGUGUAGAACUUCCUGGUAGCUUACAAAGGAUGUGUGUAAAUAAACCCAAUCAGAAAUCCUUGACUCUGAAAGAAGGACUUUGGCAGUCGCAAAACACCCAACCAAAAAAGAGGAAGUCCUGUAAAAAUUUAUGUGUAAGGAUUUUUUCAAUGUAAUAAGCAAAUCUGUCCUCUUUCAGUUCCUGCUGUUUAAUACUCCCGAACAGCUUUCCUUUUUGCCACUAGAGAGAUGAAAAUGUUGCAAUAGGUAACUACAAGAGUUCUCCUUUGACAAGAAUACGUUUUAUUUCAUUAUUUAUCUUGGUAUAGCAUCUUACUCUCCCUGUUUCUUUGCACACCUCCAAUAUGCAUGGUUUUUAAAGACCGUUUCCUCCCUUUCUGUAAAUUAAGGCCUCAUUUCUCCCUACUGUAAAGUUCUGGGGUUUGUUUGGGGUUGGUUGGUCAGGGGUUUUUGGUUUUUUUUUUGGUUGGUUGGUUGUUUUUUUUUUGCUUUGUCAGUUAUCUACGGUAUGAAGUUGCUAUGCACAGAGCUUUUGUAAAGAUAGCUUUUUUUUGUUUACUGUUUUUAUUGGUCCUACUUAUGGAAGAAUAUCUUGUUUGUAAAAUGAAUAUGUCUACUUCAGUUUUAAACUUUAAAUUAUCCUAACAAAAAAAAAUAAUAAAUUUUUUGUACUGUAAACAA